CACUUUCAGGCUUGGAUGAUGCAUUUAUUUCUUCUAACAGGAAUUGAAAUAUUUUUUCAACCAUUAUCAACAUGUGAAUGAAGAUACAGAACAGAAGCAUUUUUUUAAAAGAAGGGAGAAGGAAUAAAACAGUGUAGUGGAUGAGUUAAUUAUUAUUGGGUUAAUGUUUCACCAAUCCAUGUUUAGACUGAUUCUAAUCCGCUUCCGGUACAUAAGAACGCUGUUGCCAGGGAAGCGGACUUCGAAAGGCCCUCUCCUCCACUGGAACUCGAUAUUGUUUUUUCGUUUGCUUGGAUUUCAGUUUUAAAAGCAACAAUGUCGAAGGAGUCCAUGCCAUCUGACGAAUUUGGUCGUCUGGUUUCCAGAAUAAGACAGGAAUCCGAUGAUCAUGCGAAGAAGUUACAGAUCUUGUACACUUCUCGUGGAUACUUCAGCGCAAGUCAGGCAGCCCAGAUUUUGUACGAGCUCCCCCGGCCAGCUGAUAAGGUGUCUGCCUUGCGAAUGUUGGAGCCUAGUUCUGAUUGACUCACAGGCCACCCUUGGAGAAGAAUACUCGCUAAGCAACUUCAUCUAUGAAAAUGACAAGUGCCGAGGGAGAGCAAUACAGCAAACUGUACAGUCCAACGUAGCAGAUCACAUCCCGGCAGGAGGUCACCAGGGCUAUGCCUCUCUGGGUGCCCUCUACUCCCAGGCCCGGCCCAUGCUCACCAACCUGUACGGAGACAUCGUCACACAGACAGAGGGCGCUCCGGGUCAUGGCAAGAUCUCGGUUCUGCCCACAGCUGAGCCCGGCAGAAUCCCAUCUCUGUACACCGGGCACCCGUCGUACGCCUACCCCCCCGACACGCCAUACGCGGAUGUACGCUGUUACCCUGGCACCACUGGCUUCCCAGCCCAGACCAGCACCACCAGCGACUACCCUGGCGGUGCUCCCCCCCUCGGCAACCACAGUGGCGCCCCCGCACCCACCGGAUUCCAAAACCUGGAGGAGGGUCGCAUCGCCAUUUGAGACGUGGGCUGCCACACCAGAGACUGUCUGUGACAGUGUCAGUUUGCUUCUAAUGUAUGCCUCAUCAUGUUGAAACCAGCCUGCCAAGUAGAAGUUGUCUAAGUUUGGAGGAAAAGAAAAGAAAAAGAAGUUUACUAUUUCAUCUUUCCCCAUCAGUAAUAGGAGUAGUCAGUAACAAAGUUGCUAACCUGCCAUUUGUAUUUUACCAUCAAUUCGAUUCCAGUCUCAAGGCAAAAAAAAAGCCAUUGUCAGGCUUGCCAGCUUUUUCAAACCCCAGUCAGUGACACCCAGCGUUAUAACAUUAGAUUAUGAAACAACAAACAAAAUAAAAUCAACUGGGACUGGUUUUGGUUGUAGUUUAUGUAGUAAGGCUCUCAAGUUCUCUACUGCUGAUCCUGGGACAGUUGGAAACAUUGUGUAAUGUUUUUCAUAAAACAAACCCUAGAGAUAGAUGACUAUAGAAAACAAAACAGAGCGGGCCACAAUCAUAUUUGUCAGUCUAGUGUCAAGAAAUCCCAAGACUGAUGUUUGUCUAUAUGAACUGUAUUUAUGGCAAUCAUAGAUUUUCUUUUGUUCAAAGGUGUCUGAUAACGACAGUUUUUUACCACACAUAACUAGUCCUUUACUUGUCCUUUCCUAGCUGUGAUAAGUACAGAACAGGUGAUUUGAGGAAACUCUGCUCCUGUUUUGUAAACACCUGUAUAUCUGAUGGUUCUGAAGCUUUUGCCAGUCACUAAGUAUUAUCAGUAUUUGCUUGCGUUUUGCCCACAACAAUUGUUUACAAGUUUAAGUUUAAUUGUGCCAAUAUAUGACUAACAAUGGUUGCCAGUUUUAUUUUGAAUGUGUAUUUUUUUCUGAAAUUCAAAUUGAAACCUUGAAAUGUCAAGUUACUGAAUCUCUUUUUUCCUUUGUUAAAUCAUAUAUAUACCUUUCCUUUUGUAAAAACAAGGACUGUGAUGCAAAAUAAAACAAAAAUGAAAGACAUGGAUAGCUGUGAGCAGAAGUCCCCUGUAUUUAUUUCAAAGGUUCACCAGUUUAACCUCUUCAUUGCUGAGACGUAACCAUCAACGUUUGUACAGACAUAAUAAAAAGUUCAUUCAAGAGAGAA